AGUCGCCUUUCUCAGUGUGUCUGGAGGUUUUGAGGACGCUGGUAGGCCAAUUAUUAAAUGCAGCGUCUGUCUGGACUGUAUUAUAGGUUACUGGGAAUAUUCGGAGACGGCAGGGGACCACAGCGGUUCUAAGUGCAGAUUAAAGAGACAUUGACAGACAUGGACGCUGUUGACUCGACAUCUCAGAGCAACAUCGGGCCUGGCUCUGUCCUCUGUGACGUGUGUCCUGGGCCAGAACUGAGCGCCGUGAAGACCUGCCUGACCUGCAUGGCCUCCUAUUGUGAGACUCAUCUCCAACCUCACAGGGUCUCUGAAGCGCUGAGGACACACAAUCUGAUGGAGCCGAUUAGAAACCUCAACGACAGAAUCUGCACAAGACAUCAGAGAGUUCUGGAAAUCUUCUGUAGGACCGAUGAGACCUGCGUCUGCUCGAUGUGUGCGGUGACUGAACAUAGGAGCCAUGACAUUGUGACACCUGAGGAGGAGAGAGCGGAGCGACAGGCUGGACUGGAAAACACAAAGGCUGAAAUGAGAAGGAGAAUUGAGGAGAAACAGAACAAACUGGUGGAGAUGGAUGAGAAAGCAGAGAGGAUUAAGAGGACUGCGGAGACAGCAGUGAGGGACUUUGAGGAGACUUUUGCUCCUAUUCUGAUUCUGUGGUCAGUGGGCCUGAAUCUGAUUAGAGAUCUCGAGGACAGAGAACUGCACAAGGCUGAACGGCUCAUGAUGCAACUGGAACAGGAGAUCAGAAAGCUGAGGAGGACACACGCUGAGCUGGCCGAGCUUUCAGAGACAGACGAUCACAUCCACUUCCUCCAGAUGUACUCAUCUGUUAGUCCCCCUCCUGAAGAUCAGGACUCACCCGAGGCCUCUGUUAAUGAACUUGUCCUACCAGGGAGUCUGAGGACGAACCUGUCUGAUCUGAAAAGGAAACUCCGGGAGAUCAGUGGGUGGGAGUUUGUGCCGAGCAGUGAGGCUGGUGUCAACACUUCAGGAAGCAGCCCACAGAAUCCGAGCAGUAGAAAUGGACUUGAAGAAUACUUCUGUCCGCUCACCUUUGACCCCAACACAGCAAACGCGUGGCUUCGCCUGUCAGAGAGGAACAAGAAAGUGAUAUCUCAGGGGAUAGUGUCCCCAUGUCCUGAUCAUCCCGACAGGUUCGACUGGUGGUUCCAAGUUCUGUGUGAAGAGGCGCUGAGUGGGACUCGCUGUUACUGGGAGGUCAACUGGAGCGGAGAAGGGGCAGCGAUGGGAGUCACUUAUAAAGGAAUCAGAAGGCAAGGAAAUGGCUAUGAGUGCCGCCUUGGCUUCAAUGACCAGUCCUGGAUUUUGUCCUGCUCUCGUCUUAGUUGCUCUGUGUGGCACAAUGAGACAAAGACAGAAAUUAGUGUCCCCUCCAGUCAAAGAAUAGGCCUGCAUCUCGACUACACCGCUGGCUCUCUGUCCUUUUAUAGCGUCUCAGACACAAUGACCCUCAUCCACAGGUUCAACGCCACCUUCACUGAGCCCCUCUAUGCUGGGUUUUGGGUUGGACAGCGCUCCAGUGUGACAAUCUGCCCUCUGUAACCAUCUAGCCUGUGACUGGUGCCAUCGGCAGGUCACUUCUUGUCUUCUGUCAUGUAUUGGAGUUCAUUUUUUAUUUCAUUCUUAAAUAUCUAAGAAGCCCCCUGCCACUGGGUAUUGUGCCAUUGAUGCUCUCUGAGUCAUCAUUCUGUGCGGUCAUCAGCGUUAAAACAAUGAGAGCAGAUGGCUGUGAGCCGACAUCCACUGAGAGGACAUUAGGCGUCCCCCUUCAAGAAGUUGAGCUUCUUUCAUUUCAGUGUGGCUCAGUGAUUAGCUUGGCGGCCUCACAACUCUAUUAAAAUAAAGUUCAAAUAUCUAUGAAA